AUGUCUGACGAAUCGACGACCUUCAACCAGUUCUCCAAGUUGCCAGAGAACCUCGUGACGACCGCGAUCCAGGUCUUGCAGUUCUCGGCGCACUUCGUCGACCUCAAAGAGCCAAAAACAUUCCACUGGGACCAGUUCCUGGAUGGAAUCAACAAUUACAAAGGCGAUGACCUGACUUUCGACAAAUAUCAGAACAACACGAUCAACCAACAGUCUGCGACUGUGUCCAUCAUGGUUGACAAGAUUGUUGAUUUCCUUCGUGUUGUCCUGAGCGUUGCUUUAAGCGAGGAGGAUAUCAGUGCGCUCAGUAAGAAUAUUGAAACCACCUUCACAAACUUGAAGGAAGCCAAAGACAACGGCUGGGCCGAUUUUUCUACGAGUAGCUCGUCCUCCAACUCCUCUUGGGAGUACCGAGUGCUCUUUGCCUUCCCCAACCCCGAUCUUCCGAACUUCUUCUACAGUCUUGUCACUACCAUCAAACUCGAGGCCGAUAUCCAGGAGGAAUCGUCUUGGUGGGGUCUAGAGAGCAGUACUCGAAAGAACUUUGCAGCCACCAUUGACGCAAUGGAGCUCGUUGUUCUCAAGGGCUUCAAAGACCCGCUCAAGGCUUGA